AUGCGGAAGCGAAGACCACGCUCUACCUCGACGCGAUCAGGUGGACCGGGGGGAUGCCGCCGUCUGGGUGGUGUCUGCCGUCAAGAAAAGGCGGAGAAGAGGCAAUCACCGCUGGCGCCUUCGCUGGCUGAACGGCCUGCGAACACAAACAGGCUUUCACAACAUGAUUGCAGAAACCAUGAGCGCGAAAGGAGGUCGCAACCGGCGUUGUGGAAUGACUUAAGUCAUCCAUCUGCUUCUUGUCCUUCCUUGCACCAGUUGCAGGACCAACCUGUGUUCUGCUUGCCGCACUACCGAUGGUCGCCGCUGCAUACAUCCUACGCUCAAGAUGUGGUGCGGGAGCAUGAGGCUGUUAUUCGAUGGUACGAGGAGAAGCUCCGACCAUGUGACGUAAAAAUAGACGAUGAAUUUGCAGUUGCGUGGCUUGCAACAGCAAGGUCUAGACGUGAUGCGCUGCUCAAUUUUGUACAAGAGCAUCGCUCGUUGUAUGGCUCUUUAGACGCAGAAAAACUACAAGAGAUGGAGGUAUGUCUGCUUCGGCUCUCGCUAUGUGUGAAGAGGGCGGAGCAAAAUUGGAAUUUAGGCUCAUUCAUUUCUUCUUUAGGCACGCCACUGGGGAAUUCUAGAAUGGCACCUCAACAGGCUGUGGCGCGGGAGAAGCACAUUAGCUUUGCAAGACCUUUAUCCCAUUUUUUUUCUUCCGCACCAUUGACUGAAAAUGAAGAUCCAUUGUGUGGUUUAGCAUGCCCCUUUUCUGCAGAAGGGAAUACUGCGGAUGGAGAUGGAAACUCUACGGAUGCCCCGUACACAGGAAGGACCAGUGGCGUCUAUUACGGUAAUAUUUCUUCUUCACCAACGGUGGUUAACGCAGUUUCUUCUUUGGAGUAUAUUCAUGAAGACGAAGCAAACACUUCAUCGUGGCAAAAAGAGAAACACGGACAGUGGUUGAGUGGCGUAAUUGCUACUGAGAACGGAGCCGAAAAUGUGAAGACUGCCGUUUCCUUUCCGUACGGGUCUCUGCCGUCUUUCUUCUUCGCGUCUGGUCCAGGUGGGUGGCGGCGGAGAGAACUGCAGGGCCUGUGGAUCUUUUUGUUGUACAUUUUUUUGCUUACCACAUGCUGUUUGCUUCUUUUCCUGGCUGCUUUCUGGCGGUGGUCAUAG